AUGUUGAUCAAAGAAAGCUACCACGAUGUCAAGACGUCGUAUGGCACGACCAUGAGAAUAUUUGUUUUCCACCCUGUGGUUCCAAAUUAUCCCAAGGCCAAGUUCCCUGCCGUCAUUGCCUAUUCGGAAAUCUACCAGGUGACAGGUCCCGUGGCCAGAUUUGCCAAAGACAUUGCCGGCCAAGGCUUUAUUGUUGCUGCGCCCUCUAUUUACCAUAACUUCGAGUCCCCUGAGCCUUUGGCCUACGAUGCUGAGGGCACAGACAAAGGUAACCGCUACAAGAUCGAAAAGGAGCUUCGGUCAUAUGACGAGGACAAUGCCUUGUGUGUGGACUACUUGAGAAGCUUGCCCACUUGCACAGGCAAAAUUGGCGCCACAGGAAUGUGUUUGGGUGGACAUUUGGCCUUUAGAGCUGCGUUGGACCCAAGGGUUUCUGCCGCUUUUUCCUUUUUCGCUACCGAUAUCCACAUUCACGCUCUAGGCAAGGGAAAGAACGACGACUCCUUGAAAAGAAGCGGCGAAAUCAAGGGCGAAUUGGUGAUGGUCUUCGGAGACAAGGACACCCACGUGCCUUUGGAAGGCCGGGACUUGAUUAGAGCCACAUUGAGAAAGAACAAUGUUCAGCUUACUUUCAUCGAAGUGAACGAUGCUCAGCACGCUUUUAUCCGGGACGAGUCCUCGAAGGAUAGAUACGACCCGGCAGUUACUAAAUUGUGUUUUGAGUGGUUGCUUGAGUUGUUCAACCGCAAGUUGAAGUUGGAUUACGGAGACCACGAUGGUGUGGCGGCUGAAAUCGAACACGUCUGCUAG